CAUCCCAGAUUAUUAACUUUAUUCCAAAUUCCACCUAGAAUUUGAUUUGAUUUUGAGAAAAGAUGCCGGCAACAGGUUCCAGCCCCUUGAUAGUGUCCUUUGGAGAAAUGUUGAUCGACUUUGUCCCUGAUGUCGCCGGUGUUUCCUUGGCUGAAUCCACUGGUUUCCUCAAGGCCCCCGGUGGUGCACCUGCUAAUGUUGCUUGUGCCAUCCCCAGGCUCGGUGGCAGCGCCGCCUUCAUUGGCAAGGUUGGAGAUGACGAGUUUGGACAGAUGCUGGUUGAUAUCCUGAAGCAGAAUGGGGUGAACAGCGAGGGCGUUUCCUUCGACAAGGAAGCUAGGACUGCAUUGGCAUUCGUGACUCUGAAGACAAAUGGGGAGAGGGAGUUCAUGUUUUAUAGAAACCCUAGUGCGGAUAUGCUUCUAAAGGAGUCCGAGCUGAAUAUGGGUCUCAUUAAGAAGGCCAAAAUUUUCCACUACGGAUCCAUAAGUUUGAUUUCGGAGCCAUGCAGAUCCGCUCACAUGGCAGCCAUGAAAGUCGCCAAGGAAACCGGAAUUUUGCUUUCGUAUGAUCCCUGUUAGAAACUGAAAAGAAGGAGAAAUAUCUGAAGAAAGGUUUAUUGCUUUCUUGAAUUAUAUUGUAUGUACAAUGACCUAUAUAUAGGUGUUUACAAAGAGAAUAUUCUAAGAUAUAAAGUAUACAAAGAGAAUAUUCUAAAGUAUAAAAUAUUUA